AUGGAGGCUGGAGCAAUUGAAGUUCUGACGAACAAGAUCUCUCACCAUUCGUAUUUAGCUGCUCAGUGUGACUCUAGAGAUGACAACAGUGCAUGGGUUUGUGCCUUGCUGCUGGCUGUCCUUUUCCAAGAGAGAGGUAUCAUACGCUCAAAUGGAACAAUGAACUGCAUUCCAGUUCUUGCAAGUUUGUUGAGGUCAGAGGAGUUAGCAAACAGAUAUUUUGCAGCACAAGCACUUUCUAGCUUGAUCUGCCAUGGUAGUCGAGGGACUCUGUUGUCUGUUGCUAAUUCUGGUGUGGCUGUUGGGCUUAUUUCUUUACUUGGAUGUGCUGAAAGUGACAUCUCUGAUCUUCUGGAGUUAUCAGGUGAGUUUUCCCUGGCUCGCAAUCCCGACCAAAUUGCACUUGAGAGGUUGUUCAGAGUAGAUGACAUAAGGGUGGGCGCAACUUCUCGGAAAGCCAUACCUGUACUUGUUGAUUUGCUCAAGCCUAUCCCAGAUCGACCAGGUGCCCCUUUUCUUGGAUUGGGUCUUCUAACUCAGCUCGCAUUAGAGUGCCCUUCAAACAUGCUGGUAAUGGUAGAAGCGGGGGUCCUUGAGGCCCUAACCAAGUAUCUUUCACUUGGACCGCAGGAUGCAACUGAAGAAGCUGCGACAGUUUUAUUGGGCAUCCUAUUCAGCACUGGUGAAAUAAGGCUGCAGGAAUCUGCAUUUGGUGCUGUUAAUCAGCUUGUUGCAGUCUUAAGACUGGGAGGAAGAAAUUCCAGGUAUAGUGCAGCUAAGGCAUUAGAAAACUUGUUUUCCACAGAUCAUAUCAGGAAUGGUGAAUCAGCUAGGCAAGCUAUUCAACCUCUUGUGGAGAUUCUUAAUACCGGUUCUGAAAAGGAGCAACAUGCAGCUAUUGCUGCGCUUGUUAGGUUGCUUGGUGAUAAUCCAUCAAGAGCCCUUGCUGUUGGUGACGCUGAGAUGAGUGCAGUUGAUGUUCUUUGUCGAAUUCUUUCUUCCAGUUGCUCAGUGGAGCUGAAAGGCAAUGCUGCAGAGUUAUGUUUUGUCAUGUUUGGAAAUACAAGGAUUCGGUCAACAAUGGCUGCAGCGCGCUGUGUUGAGCCUUUGGUUUCUCUACUUGUAACUGACUUCAGUGCAGUCCAAUACUCGGUGGUCAUCGCAUUGGAUAGGCUCUUAGAUGACGACCAACUUGCAGAGCUUGUUUCUGCACAUGGCGCUAUUGUUCCUCUAGUCGGUCUGCUGUUUGGUAGAAAUUACACAUUGCAUGAGGCAGUUUCGAGAGCUUUGGUGAAGCUAGGAAAAGAUAGGCCAGCUUGUAAAAUGGAGAUGGUCAAAACUGGAGUUGUUGAAAGUAUUCUGAACAUCGUCCAUGAAGCACCGGAUUUUCUCUGCGUUGCAUUUGCAGAAUUGCUACGAAUUCUGACGAACAAUGCUACCAUAGCGAAGGGCCCAUCUGCUGGGAAAGUUGUUGAACCCCUUUUCUUUCUGUUAUCUAGACCAGAAAUUGGUCCUGAUGGACAGCACAGCGCAUUGCAGGUUCUUAUUAAUAUUUUGGAAAAUCCCCAAUGCCGAGCUGAUUGCAACAUGAUGCCUCAACGGGCUAUUGGACCUAUAAUUGCUUUACUGGAUUCACCACUCCAGGCAGCGCAACAAUUGGCUGCAGAACUCUUGUCCCAUCUGCUUUUGGAGGAACAUUUGCAGAAGGAUCCAGUCACAGAGCAGGCAAUUAGUCCCCUUAUUCAUGUUCUUGGAUCAGGCAUACACAUUUUACAACAGAGAGCUAUCAAAGCUCUUGCAAACAUUGCCUUGGCUUGGCCAAACGCAAUUGCAAAAGAUGGUGGCGUUUAUGAGCUGUCUAAAGUGAUAUUGCAAACUGAUCCACCCUUGCCUCACGCCUUAAGGGAAUCUGCUGCUUCUAUUCUAUCAAGCAUUCUGCAGUACAGUUCUGAAUUCUUCUUGGAAGUGCCUGUGGCUGUACUGGUUCAGUUGCUUCACUCUGGAACAGAAAAUACUGUUGUCGAUGCUCUAAAUGCCCUGCUCGUGUUGGAAACUGAUGACUCAACUAGUGCUGAAGCAAUGGCUGAAAGCGGUGCUAUUGAGGCUCUCGUGGAACUUCUAAGGACUCAUCUCUGUGAGGAAACUGCAGCAAGAUUACUGGAAACGUUGUUGAACGAUAUGAAAAUUAGAGAAACAAAAGCCGCUAAAUCUGCUAUUCAACCAUUAUCCAUGUAUCGUCUAGACCCACAAACACAAUCUCAGCAGGGUAGGCUGCUUGCAGCUCUUGCGCUGGGUGAUCUUAAUGAGGGUCUUGCUCGAACUACAGAUUCUGUUUCGGCGUGCCGAGCUCUAGUAAACCUUCUUGAAGAUAAUCCAACAGAAGAGAUGAAGGUGGUGGCGAUUUGUGCGCUGCAAAAUCUUGUAAUGUAUAGCCGUGCCAACAAGCGAGCUGUUGCAGAAGCAGGUGGUGUGCAGGUUGUGCUGGACAUUGUCAAUUCCAGCCAACCUGAUAAGUCAGUUCAGGCAGCAAUUUUUGUAAAACUUCUGUUCUCUAAUAAUACAAUACAGGAAUAUGCUUCGAGUGAAACAGUUAGAGCUAUAACUGAAACACGCAUACAAGAAGUUACUAUAACUUUGAAUGGGCAAGCUGAUCCAAAGAUACGCAUGUUCAUGUUGGUUUUUAGCAGGUUGUUUAACUAUUUCAAGCUUAAAAUAUGACAAUAUAUUGAAAGGAUGACCUUCGAGACCCUCCUGUGCGGUCGCUGAACAACGCGGCCUCACGGUGUUCCUGACGAGAGCGAGUACUACAUGCAAGCACCUGGAGGACCCGACACGCGGCCUCGAGGCUACGACGUCUCCUACGUCACCAGGGUCCGAGCUCCCCGACCUCCU